UCACACUGGUGACAACACGACUGCUACGCAUCACAGACAUUGUUAAUAAUUAUGCCAAAUACACAACAUCGAACAAGAUCUGCCUGCUGAUGGAGAAAGCACAACGCAGCUGGACCGAACGGUGUUCAUUCCAGUCUGAUACUUCAGCAUGGAAUAGCCAGCACUGCUUCUCUUGAAUCUACCAUCUAACGUUAAUGUUAGCUGUCUACCCCCUGGCAAAUAACUCAAAAGCAAGUUCCUGGUUUUCCAGCUUGAGUGCACCUCCAAUUGGCCUUGUUUGUGCCUGUCAACUAUGGAGACAACUCAAGUGACUUUGACAGUUAGGGGAGACACAUCCCCAGGUGAGGUGAUAGCUGUGGUUGGUAGCUGUGAAGCUUUAGGAGGCUGGUGCCAUCAGAGAGCGGUGAUCCUACAACCUGCUGAACACGAUGGCACAUUGUGGAAGAGGAUCAUCAGUGUGCCCAGAGGUGCUGUGUCAACCUAUCGCUAUUUCAAAGGACACUUCCUGGAGUCAAAGAGUGCAGGUGGUCCCUGUCAGGUGAUAGUCACUAAGUGGGAGACCCAUCAGCAGCCACGCCUGAUGAGCCCCACAGAAUCACACCUUGAUAUUGACAGUGGCCAAUUUGGAUUCAACAAUGGCUUACAGUGUGUGGACUCUGGGUGGCUGACGUGCCAGACAGAAAUCCGUUUGCGUCUGCACUACUCAAAGACGUCUCCUGUAUCCAUUACCAAGAAGAAAUAUAAGAAGUCUCGUUUCAGGAUCAAGCUGACACUGGAAGGUGUAGAAGAGGAGGAGGAGGAGGAUGAAGAGCAGGAGCAGAGCGCGGUGGCGUGGCACAAGAUGACCACCACGCUGGAGACCAGUAUGAUCAGUGGAGAUGGAUACAAGUCCCGCCACUCCCAGCCUGAGUGUGGCUACGCCCUGGAGGCCUCACAGUGGACAGAGUACAUCAUCCACACCAUGGACCCUGACAACCUAGAACUCACCUUCGACUUCUUUGAGGAGGACAUGGGUGAGCAUGUGGUGCCAGGGGAUGCCCACCCGGGGACCGUGGGUACGGCCUGCCUUCUCUCCUCAUUCUUUGUGGAAAGUGGCAAGGACACGGGUGUGGUCACUCUGCCCAUCAUGAAACGCAACUCCAGACAGACCCUGGGCAAAGUCAGAGUGGACUACCUGGUGAUCCGUCCUAUCGAGGGACUGCAGUGUGACAUGAGCUCCUCCUUCACAAAGUACUGGAGGAAGAGGAGUGCCCCCCUGGACGUAGGCCACAGAGGGGCUGGCAGCACACACGCAGCCAAACAUACCAAAGUUAGGGAGAACACCAUUGCCUCGUUUAAAAGUGCUGCCAAUCAUGGGGCUGCCUAUGUAGAGUUUGACGUCCAUCUCUCCAAGGACUGUGUCCCCAUCGUGUACCACGAUCUCACUUGCUGCAUCUCCACUAAGAAGAAAGGAGACAAGCACUCUCUGGAGCUGUUUGAAGUUCCAGUCAAAGACCUCACAUACAACCAGCUACAACAGCUCAAGUUGGGCCAUGCUUCUUCCUUGAAGGUGAACGACCACAAAGAUGAUGAUGAAGAGGAAGAGGUUGACGAGCAUCAGCCCUUCCCUUCAUUCUCACAGAUAUUCCAAGCAGUGCCUGAAAAUGUGGGCUUCAACAUCGAGCUGAAGUGGGUUUGUCAGAUGAAGGAUGGUUCGUGGGAAGGAAACCUGUCAUCCUACUUCAACAUGAACCUGUUCCUGGACAUCAUACUGACCUGUGUGCUGCAGAGAGCCGGCAAGAGACGCAUCGUCUUCUCCUGCUUCGACCCUGACGUCUGCACCAUGGUUCGUCAGAAGCAGAACAAGUACCCCAUCCUGUUCUUGACCCAGGGCAUCUCUGAGAAAUACCCUGAGCUCAUGGACAUCCGCUGUCGCACCACACAGAUCGCCAUGAGCUUCGCACAGAGCGAAAACCUCCUGGGUAUUAGUGCCCACACUGAGGAGCUCCUUCAGAACCUGGAGCACAUCCGAGAGGCCCAGUCUAAAGGCCUGGUGGUGUUCUGCUGGGGAGACCUCAACAACGACCACGACAACAGGACCAAGCUACGGGAACAGGGCAUCGAUGGACUCAUCUACGACAGGAUCUGUGACGACCCGGUCGAGCAGCCGAACAUCUUCAAAGUAGAGGAGCAGCACACGCUGCAGGAAACGCUCAAGAGCUUUGUGUGCUCCUGCUACACCAUCCCCUGCCAGGCGGCGCCUGUCUGCACCUCCUACACCAUCCCCUGCCAGGCGGCGCCUGUCUGCACCUCCUACACCUCCUCCAAGGAGCACAACGGCAGUGCAGAGUCUGACUCUGGCCUCAGCUCCUCCUGAACAACUCACUGCCCCGAAGGUUGUCACCUAGAUAGGACAGAAGCGGCAAUAAAUAUAGACAGAAUUGAUGAACAAGUGUACACUACUUGUUUUUAAUUAAGUGUGAGAGUGUUACAUAGGAGCUUCACUAGGGAUAAGUUUUUUGUAGUUUUUUUUUUUUACCUGCUGCACUGGAAGUGUAAUUUUUUGCCUGCGUGAGCAGAGUGCAAGCCACUUUCUCCUAAUGUUCUCAGGUGUGAGCUGCGCGUCAAUCUUUUACAAUUGAGCAGCGCAAGCCUCUUGAAAAGCUACCGUGCUUACGCCUGGUUUCAUUUAAGUGAAUAGGAGCGUAUCGCACUCUGCUAAAGUUAUGCGUCCGGUGUAGCUCCUAUGCUAGGGGUUAGGUGUCGUGAUGGUAAUCACAAUGGUGGUUUAAAAAGCUCUCCUGUUCUGUCUAGCAUGACCAGAUAGUGACAACCCUUCCUGAACUGACCUCCACUCUGUCCACUGAAGCAAUACACAAGCUGUGUCCAGAUCAGUGUCCUCUCAGCUAUUUGUUUUAACUGGAAAAAGGAAGGUGUUUUGCCAAAAAAGGCUUCUGGUAUUUGUUAUUAGGACUUUAGUUCUACACAGUUGAAUGACUGUGGGAUAUGCACCUCAGUCACAAUAAUAAUGGAAUUAUUACAAAUGAAUGCCUACUCAAGGAAUUUAUUUUCAGGUGCAUCUUUUAUUUAGCGUAUUUGCUAAAUACAAAUCAAAUUAAAGUGCUGAAAUAAACUGUAUAUUAGCUUUUCCAGAUAUAGAGUUUCUUAUUGGAGCAGCAUAGGUUUAAUUUAAGCAUAUGCUGUAGUUUAAAGUCUUUAAACGGAUAAUGAUUUGCAUCUGCAUUAUGGUUUUCCGCAUAUGAUAUAGCUAACAUUUUACAAUAGCAGUGUUAAUUUUGUCACAUUACUCAUAUAAUUUUGACCGGAAGUGACUAGAAUUCAUAAUAGAAUUGCAAUAGAACAAGAUCAUUCGGGACAGUGACCAAAACGUUCUCAGGUGGUUUUAAAUUAAAUUGUACAUUUGAACUUAAACUCAUGCAAUCUGAUUUGUAUUAGGUGUGCCCUGAACUGUGCCAUUAAUGAAGUGUCAUUACUGGAUGACCAGAUUAUGAGUUGUUGUGGUGCCUAAAUCUGAACAGAUGAAUAAUAUCACUUUAAUGACCUGUUGAAUGACCAGUAGAAAAACAUAGUUUGUUUUUGCUCUCAACACCACCUUGAAUCUGAGUGUGAGCUCAAAAGUCACCAUUAGGGAAGGGUAUACACUGCCCUACGUAUUUAUUUGUACAGUGAAGCUAAAACAUUUAGUUUGGCUCUGUACUCCAGCAUUUUGGAUUUGAGAUGAAAUGUUUUAUGAGGCAACAGUUACACAUGGGGGGGACUAGAGACAGUAAAUUCCUUUUUAAAUGGUAAAAUGUAUGUAUUAAAAUACUCACACAAAAAUUCUGUACUGUCGCCUCAUGUAAAAAAAUAAAUAGUAAUAAUUGGUCCCAAAUGCUGGAGUAUAGAGACUAAUUCAAAGUUUUACCUUCACUGUCCAAGUAGGUAGAGGAGUGUAGGUAGCCCUUUGUAAUGGCUAGAUCUAGUCCACACAACUCAAUCCCAAUCUCCUUGGUUGAGAAGGGUUUUCUUAGUAGCUGUGCUUGCUCUACACAUCAUAAUAUAUGCCAUUUAUCCAAAGCGACUUAGUCAUGCGUGCAUACAUUUUAUGUAUGGGUGGUCCCGGGAAUCAAACCCACUAUCUUGGCGUUGCAAGCGCCGUACUCUACCAACUGAGCUACAGAGGACCACAUUAUCAGAAAGCCUUAAUGAGGAAUUUAAAUGAUUUCACUAGUCUGACUGCCACUUGUUUCAAUCUCUUCAUACCUCUGAUCUUUUAAUGCAAUAUAAAACCAAUAUUUUUCUUGCCUCAACUGAACAAAAGUUGUUUUUUUCACCUUGCACAGUUUUCCUUCUACAUUGCAACUCAUAUUUUUCCUACCGUCCGUAUUUUGUUCUACAAUCUUUUUUGUUUCAAUGCACAUGUGUAACUGUCUAUAUUUCCAAAAUGGGGUACCAUGAUGAUAUGACAUGUUAACCUUUCACUUGAACACAGAGAAGCAAGCACAGCUCAGAUUGUUGUAGAAAUGUAUAGUCUGCUUGUUUGUCUGUUUUGAGUUCUAUAAGUAAGGCUAAAAAAAUGAUCUUAAUGUUUGACACUCCUGUAUGUAUGGGCUACUGUUAGUCAUAAUGCAUGCCCCUCAGACAGAGUGCUAUGGUGGACUGGGUGACUGGAGUUGAUUGUAUCGACAGUCACUCAUUCAUGUCACACCCCUGCUACUCUGUCUGGACAAUACAAUGCUAGCUAACUGAAAUGAAAAUGAAUAAAAUUAUUUAGAAAUGUA